AUGAGUGAGCACACCACGCCCGCCGGCAAGCGAGGGAGCAACUCGAAGCGCGCACGAACGUCGUCAUCCCGCGCCUCGCGCGUGGGCACCGGCACGCCGCACGUCCUCGAGGAGGCGACGGGCGAUUUCAGCGCCGACUACAUCACGGUGGGCGUGCUCGGGCGCGGCUCCUUUGCCGAGGUGAACCUGCUGCGCCACCGCGUCUCUGGCGAGCUCUUCGUGCUCAAGACGUGCUGCAAGCUCGACGCGCCGUCGUACUCCCACCUGCGCGCCGAGGCGACGGCGAUGGCGGCGUUCCG